AUAAUAGCAUCUGAUCGUAAAAUAUUAUUAAGGAUAAACAAAAUUAAUAUAUGUCAUCAAAAUGAUUCUUCAGGCUUCCCUCCUUUCACUCAAUCAUAUGUAUUACGUCAUGACGUCAGAAGCGAAAUGGCACACUAUUCUGAUAUAAAUUGCUAGUGUGAAGAAAAGUCAUUCAUAUACGUAUACUUUCAUUCAUAUAUAUAUGACAUAUUGUCAGUUAAAACACAGCCACAGCUACUGUGUUUUCCGAACGCAACCAUUCAUCGAUCACUUUGCGCUCGCUCAACGGUUACAAAAUCGUUGCGUUUUCUGAACGCAGUCCAGUCUCUCUUCGGGCUAUCUGUCAUCUGACAUACUACGCAUCGUACUUACGCGAAGGAAGGUGGGGGUGGUUAAGCGCAGUGAACAAGAGGCGAAGAGAACUAGCAGUUACUGGCAAUCACUAGCAGAUUUCGCAUAGCGGUUUCUAAGUUCUACAGUUGAGCAAAGAAUUGCAUUCCUGAGAAUAAAGUAGAAGCAUUUCUCAGUUCACCUGCCUUCCACCGGAUCGAUACGUCGAUUUAAUUUUUGGUCAAACUAUUAUGUGCUCGUUUCGGCCGUCUAUGUUUAUGAUCAUCAUUCACGUCGGCUGACAGCUGUCAAUUCCUCAUUCGGGUCGCCAGUCGCCAGUGAGUCACCGUAUCGGCAGCCGAGGGCCUCUUCAGGUGAUUCCUCGAUUGGUGAUAGUUUGAUUUCAUUCCUACCUGCGCACGUUGCGUCUUUUUUUUUUUCGUUUUGCCCGCGAGCCCGUUUUUUCAACAAAGCUCUCUUCUCGACUUCUCUUCCUCUCCCUUUUUCUCAGACGAGUCCUGAACAGUAGCCUAAAACGAGCUAAGCCGCACGGGACGAUCAUCAUACCCAUAGCACACGCACACUCUUAUAGCGAUUGCUUUUGUAAGUCCCGCGAGUGUGGUGUUACAAGCGGAUUCUUGCAUUGCAGCGAUAUCGCCGGCAUGGCGUCCAGCUCCGUCAGCCAAGAAGACUUUGACAAUGACUUCGAGUUGACAUCUAGGCGGUCCAGGAUCAGGACCGCUAGAGCUAGAGUGGGUCCGCCUAGAACAGGAGAUGUGUCUUCCAUAAGCUUUCAAAAGAGUACACCCGAUAUGGAAGAAUCGCAAGGUGCUUACGACACAAGUUCCAACCCCAUGCUUCUAUCCGAGCAUGACAACUUGCAGACCAAACCCAUAAUAAGGAAGCAGGAUAAACGCGUAACCGGCCGUGUCUUUAGUGUCGUAUCCUGUUUGCACAGGCCAACGCAUAUAAACAAGGGAAAGCAGCAACGUGAUCGACGGAAACUACGAGAAAAACGGCGUAGCACAGGAGUCGUGCAUUUACCAUCGACAGAGAGUACUGGUGGUAGUACGGGAGAAGAUGAGGAGGAACUUACUGGUACUUGCCUUGAAACUAAGCAUAACACGCAUCACAAUGAAUUCCUUGAUCAUGAAUUGAUAGAAGACCGGACCGCCAGAAUGUACACACAAAGGCGAAAUAAAAGGCACUACCGUACUUCAUACAGGUCAUGUAUAAUUAGGCACAAUUGUCACUCUGAUUUGGAGGCCGACGACGAGGAAUUUGAUUCUCUUAAUCAGUCCGAUAGCAUUAAUCAAUCGGAUCAUGGCAAUCACGAGCCGCAGACGUCUGUCAAUGCGACCGGCAGACCGAGAUUGCCGACACCAACUGGCGACAAUCCACACGAAUUGAUUGAACGAGCACAGGAAGAGAACAGGAGGCUACUGUCCCUUUUAGAGGACCGGGAUCAUAAAAUUAUGGCGCUUGAGGCUCGCCUUUUAAAACAACAACAUGAAAUGGCCGUGGAACGGGAACGGCUUCGCGAGGAGAAUGCUACGUUGAUUCGUGCGAUGGCGGCAUUAGCCAGCAAUUAAUCCUCUUCAUCUAAUAAAAAUCUUGCCUUCUUGGCUCUUUGCUCCUUAUAAUAAUCGCCGACCUGCAGGAUGAGCCGUAAGUCGCGCACUGCGCUGAUUAUUUUGAUUAUUAUCAUGUAUAUUUUGUUUUAUUCUCUCUCUCUCUCUCUCUCUCUAAUCUGUCGUAGCAAGAACAAUUUAUUUAUCUUUUCGUUGAAAUCUAAUAUAAUUUUUCCAUCGUAUCUCUCCCAAUUUUUCGAUUGUUGGGAAAUUUGCAACCAUUACAGGGUGAACGACUGAAAAUCGCAUAUUGCGUUAAUUAUUUUAAUUAUUGUUGAUAUUGUGAUAUACAUAUUUUUAUGUAGUAUAUAAUACAAAAUGAUCAAAGAACAAUCUACGUUCUCUAUUAAAUAUUAAAUUAGUAGAGAAUCUUUUUUCGCGUUAUAUGUAUAUUGAUACUUUUGAAAAUUGAUCAAGUUAAUUAUAAAGCACAAAUAUUGCGCGUUGCACUAAAUAUCUUAAUUGCUUUUGUGAUAUCUCUGUACGUUUUUCCUUGCUCAAUAUAUAUAAUGCAGAAUGCUUCAAGAAAAAUGUUAUUCGUCUUCUGUUGAAUUGUUUCCUUUUUGUUUUCACAACGCAGUUCUGCGCCUGCAGUUUAUUUUGAUUUUUAGUUUUCUUAACGAAAGAUAAAAACUGGAAAAUAUGGCACAAAGAUUUCUGUCUGUACUAUAUUUUUUUCUUACAUUGGCAACUAUUAUAGAGCUAUAGAAUAAAGUUGUGCAUCAUGUUAAUAUAUUUUUACUUCUUUCUUUUUAUGAAAUUGAAAGGCUGAAAACUUAAUAGAGACUAUAAACGCAUUAGUUUGUAAUAAAAGUCAAAAAAUUUAAGUUCAUAGCCUGUUAAGCUUAGAUAUUUAGUUUAAUAAACUAAGAGUAUUUUCACAUUGCA